ACCAGAGUUCUCCAUAUCUAUGGGCAGGAUUCGACUCCGCGGAUUCGACUGAUUAAGGGAGAGGACCAAUCCGGAAGCUACGUCUGUUUAAGCCACCGCUAGGGGUUAAUCCGGCCAUUAUGUCUCACAGAAUUGAGCAAAGAUAUCUUCGAACGGAUAUCCCAUGGCCACUACUCCCAAAGGCUUUCCAAGAUACUGCUCUGGCAACGAAACAACCCAGCCCAGGACUGUUGUGGGUUAAUACAUUAUGCAUCUUGCAGGAUGGCCCUACGGACUGGCAUCGUGAAGCCGCAGCUAUGGCGUCCAUAUACCAGAAUUCGCACAUUACAAUUACAGCAACGACAUCUGAGAAUUGCAACCAGGGUCUCUAUUCCUCCUUAAACCCGGAAUAUGUAGCCAAAGAGCUUGGCCACCAAAUCUAUUUCCGUUCCAGCCUUCCUUAUCCUAUCAACGACUUCUCGUGGCAAUAUUCAGAUUUCCCAUAGAUUUCCCGUGGGUGGGCCUUUCAAGAACGUUAUUUAUCCCCCAGGUUUGUGCAUUUCACAGACAGCGAGCUGGUAUUCGAAUGUCGUGAAGAAGUUUGGUGCCAGGUGUGGGCUUUCCUAGGGCACUGUCAGAACCGAGCCAGCCUCCUUCCAAUACCGCGUCAACCCUCGAGGGAGGCCCCACGCCUACUGGUUGGGAA